AAAGGUGUAAAUAUCCAAAGCAGGUUACUGUUGGCAGGUUGGAGAAGGCGAGCUACUGUUGAUUAUCUAAUAAAAAUAAAUAAAUAAAUAAAAACAUUUUAGCAAUUUAGGUGCCCAAAACUUAUGUUUCAAGUACAAACUUUGGAGAAUAUGUGGCACAUUUAUUAUUUCAAAAAAUCCCAAAGGCUAUGUUUUCACUUUAAGGACAUGUUUGAAACGACAAAAGUAAGGGCCGGAAACUGAUUCAGGCAUUAGAUUCUCUUAUCCGCUAUUUGGUAGGGACAAAUUGGUAACCAUUUAUGUUAACUGAAGGUAACUGACUCCUCUCAAUACACAUUAUGCCACCCACAGAAACAAUUUAUGCUUCGUAACUCUAAACUAAAAUCCUCUAAACUGAAAGCCUCCCUCCUAUUUCCACCCUUCAAAUCUUCGACCCUCUUCUCUUAAUCUCCUCAUCCUCAUCCUCAUCCUCACCCUCUAUCUCACAUCUUUCUUUCUUUCACAGUUGAAUUUCAAAAAAAAUUAAGGGAAAUUCUCACUGGUAAUCACAAACUUUUAUUUUUUCUCAAUGGUAAACCCUAAAACUUUUUAUUAUCAAUGGUAAUCAUUAAUUAAUAUUACUAAACUAAUGGUAACUUAAGUUAAACAAUUUGUAAAUUCCUUUACCAUGGUUUAGCAAUCGACCUACAAAAAUACAUUAAUACCCUUAUGCAUAACUACUUCUUUCUUCUUCCUUUCUCUUUCCUCCUCCCCGCUGCAACUCCCUUCCCAGCCACCACCGUCAUUGUUAAACUACUUGUUAAGGUCAGAAUCGGAGCGAACUCGGAGUGACGUAGCUUUAGUGUUGUAUAACCUAUGGCUUGAUCAUAGCAACCGAGUGAAACACGUGAAACAAUUCAACAACAAACCUCAGGACGCUGCCAUUCGAACCGCAAAACCCAGAGAAUUCAACGGCAAACCCCGACAAAUUCGACCUAAAACUAACAAAUUUGACCCCAAAAUCAACGAAUUCGACCCCAAAUCAACCUAUUCGGCAAUUUCGACCCCAAAAUCAACAUAUUCGACCCCAAAAAUCAACAGAUUCAACCCCAAAAUCGACAAAUUCAACCCCAAAAAUCAAUAAAAUUGACCCCCAAAUCAACAAAUUCGACCUCAAAAAUCAACAAAAUCGUCAAAUUCGACCCCCAAAAUCAACAAAUUUGACCCCAAAAUUGCCAAAAGUCCUAGAAAUUUUAAUCAAAGUAAGGGGAAUGAGAGGGAAUCGGGGAAGAAGAUCAGAGGGAAUCGAGGAAGAGGAAGGGUGCUGAUUUCGGCUAGGGAGGAUGGCUGGUUUCGGUGGUGAUGAGAGGAGAGAGCGUGUGGGUCGGGAACAGGGGAGAAGGUGCUCGUUCUAGGAUUAGGGUGUCGGUGGUGGGGUCUCCGGCGGAGGAUGGGGUUGAGAAACCGUUGGCCAGGCGAGCUGAGCGGCGGGGAGGGGCGGUUGCUGAGCUAGUUGCCUGGUAACUGGGGAGGGGUUCAGAUUUAUUUUGUUUUUUUUUUUUGUUGUUUUUUAAAUAAUUUGAAGGGUAUUAAUGUAAAUUUAUUGUUACUUAACCCAAGAUUAACCCUAGUUAAUCUUUUAAUAAUAUUAAAAUAUCAUUAAUGUUACCAUUAGUUUAGUAAUAUUAAUUCAUGUUUACCAUUGAUAAUCAAAAGUUUUAGGGUUUACCGAAAAAAUAAAAGUUCGUGAUUGUAAUUAUUAAUGAGAAUUUCAAAAAAAAAAAAAAAAAAAAGUGAUUAUAGUGCACCUCAUUCCCUUUUACAGUGAAAUGCCUCUGUUUAAACGAGUGUCGUUUUUUUUAAACGUGUGUCGUUUUUUAGCUCUUCAGUCUUCACUUUUACAGUGCACCUCAUUCCCUUUUUUGCUCCAUUGAAGCGUUCUCUGAAUCCUCCAUUGAAUGAAAUUCUAAGCAUUCUCUCCUCCAUUAAGCCGUUUCUGAGGUUAUUGUAUCAUCAAGAGGAGCAUUUGUUGUUGUUGUAGGUACUCAUUUUUAGCUGCCCCGAGCGUAUCUGUUGAGGGCCAAAUUGUUGAGUUGACAUGUAUACUUAAGGAAAUCAUGUUCUUUAACUCGAUUCAGAGGUUUUACAAUCAUUAUCGGUUUAAAUGGUUAACGUGUAUGUUUACUUCGUGUUUCCAUCAAGUUUGUUCUUCAAAACUUGUGUCACCUCAUCAAGUAAAUGAUGCUGGAAUUGGUUGGUCUAAUUUCACCCCAGCCUUUACCAUCCAUUCACAUUAUUCUCAAAUAAAUCGUACCAGCUUAUUGUGGUAUUCUUCAAAGCCGUAUAGACCAUUUUCAGGAGCUUAUAGACAACGGGUUAAUAGAAGGCUUAGACUAGCUAGAAAACCCGUGCUUAAUGAGGUUCAGUUCAAUAAGGCUAUAUCCCAACUGCCUGCAAGAUUUAAUGCUGAUGAUUUGCACGAUGCCAUUGCCUUGGAAGACGAUCCUUUGGUGUGUUUAGAACUUUUUAAUUGGGCGUCAAAACAACAUAGGUUUAAGCAUAGCAUGAAUACCUACCACAUUACUGUCCAGAAGCUUGGGGUUGGCAGGAUGAUUGAGGAGAUGUAUGAUGUUGUCGAUCAGUUCCUUGCCCUUCCUCAUUUUGGUUCAGAGGCUCUGUAUAAUACUAUUAUUUACUACUACACUCAAGCCAGGAAGCUGAGCAGAGCUAUUACUGUGUUCAAACACAUGAAGAAGGCCAACAAUUCAGAUUGCAGGCCGUCUAUUAGGACUUACAACCUUUUGUUUGCUGCAUUUCUUAGCCGUAGAAGAGAUACAUACAUCAAUCACUGGUACAUGGGUACUAUGGAGUGCCUUUUCAAGCAAAUGAUAAAUGAUAAAAUUGAGCCCGACAUUUUCGCCCUCAAUUCAAUGAUACAAGGAUAUGUGCUUUCUAAUCAUGUCAAUGAGGCCUUGAGGAUAUUUCAUCAGAUGGGUGUUGUUUAUACUUGUGUCCCUAAUGCACUCACUUAUGAUUACCUUAUCUAUGGACUGUGUGCUCAAACCAGGACAAAUAACGCCAGGGAGUUAUUUUUUCAGAUGAAGGAAAAAGGGUUUGUUGCUAGCGCUAACACAUACAACUCUCUUGUGAGUUCUUUGGCACUAGGUGGUGAGAUUGAGGAAGCUCUCAGCUAUUUGCGGGAGAUGACUGAAAAGUACAAGGCUGAUCUCAUUACUUAUAAGACACUUCUGGAUGAGUAUUGCCGAAAAGGAAGAGCUGCAGAGGCAUUGAGGUUAUUGAAAGAGUUUCAGGAGAAACACAUUGUUGAUGCACCUACCUACAAAAAGCUGCUACAUGUUCUUAAAGAGGACUUUGCACCUUGCAGGAAUGGAUUCCAAUAGUGUAUUCCAAUAGUGUGAAGAAUAGUUUUUAACAUCAAUUAUAUAAGUUGUCUAGAGGUCUGCUGGGCUUAUUGUUGCGGUUCAUACUGUGCUAGAACUAUUCCCGGGUUUUGGAUUUAUGCUUCAGUAGGAGUAGGUGUUGCACUAGCAUACUACUCUUAUAAGCUUCUUUAUUUCGGCAGUUGGUUGUUUUACCUUUACCUUCUACCGUGAACUCCCAACUAUUUUGACCUUUACUCGGUCAGUUUCUUGAAUGUUAGUACUCUGAAAAUGGUUAUCUGUUGCUUCUGCAGAGCUUCCAUGCCCUCUUAUCAGAUCACUGAGAUAUGACUUUACAGCAUGUAAUAUGACAGAUUAUAUGCUGUUUUGGCUUGGCAUGACAAACAGGGAGUUGGCUUAGCCCUUCAUGUGGUUUCCUACAAAUAUUUGCAUAUGAACUGCUUGCUAUCUGGCAACAGCCAUGAAAAGAAGAAAAUCCGAAAAUCGGCCAAUUUGCUUACUUUGCUAAUAUAGUUAAGUAGACCUUCCACUACCUUUUUGAAGAGCACUAGAAAUGUUCUCUAAGAAGCAUCUAAAGACUUAAAGAGGGAUCAAUUAUUCAGCUGUCUAAAUGUGUAAAGAGAGCCCAAAGUGAUAUCAAUGUAAUACUUUGUAUUUUUGAAAUAUACUGUUAACAUUUAACAAUUCGAUUCA